AUGGCCGGCAGGGGAGAACAAAUCAUCUCCCGGCUGUUCGUCAAGUCUGCAUUACUUAUCAGCGAUGCCCGCGAGAACCAGAGCGCAAGACCUGCGUCUGGAGCCAAGCCGGACAAAUGGUUUCAACUAGAGGUAAUGGAUGAUGGGAGGUUUGGGGGGCUUACGCAGGAACUGAGGGAUCUGGGAAAUGCGGCGAGUGGGCCUCUUGAGCUGCGUGUGAGAAGUAUACUCGUCCUCGGUCCACCAUCGCCUGCCCAAGCACUUGUUCUUGUUUCCGACUCGGAGCGACGGAAAAGAGUCGAAAUUCCUCCUGAAGCUCGUGCGAUUCAAUUGGAGGAAUGGUCUCUCUCCCUCGAUCGUUCGACUAGGCUCGAUUCAGCCCAGGCCGGAGAGGAGCCAUACCCGGCCGUGUACAAGCAAGCUAUUGCACUAAUGCGAAGUUUAUACGCUGUGUUGAGGUAUGUUCCUGCGUGGCAACUUCAUAGAAGGCUUGUACCGGGCUCGGGAAUGAGGGUCAUGGUUAUAGCUACUCUCGUAGGCCGGGAAGAGGAUGCAUUGCACGAGGAAGUUCUUGCAUUAACACACAAGCUCAUACCAGACGAAGGCGACCUAAUUACAUUUUCAUUCCCGCCGAUUGUGACCCCGUUGGGUGCAAUCGCACUACGUGCUCAGUAUAGACCAAACGUACGAUUCAGGCUAGAUCCUUUGGAGAGUCUGUGGAGCUCGGCACUCGCGACUCCAUCCUCGCCGGGAGGAGCGGGAACAGGACGAGGUUCAACAUCUCCUGCAUCGCCUUCACCCCCUGCUCCCAAGUUCGAUCUGGACUCACCUGCCUUUACCCCAACGCUUCUUGCCACGCGCCAGCGAGCAUCAUUAACAGGCUCAGGGUCGCCUUUACGACCUGCGUCCAGGACCGGCACCUCGCCCGGCACAGUGGCUGCCCCACUUCCUCCUCGCACGCGGACCAUUUCUCAACUAUCGGCCGGUGGAGAUACGCCUCGUAGUCCGCCCCCAGGGGCCGAUUUUUAUGGGGGCGCAUCGGGACUCACACGGACUCGUCGAGAAAGCCUUUUGACUCGGGGGAGCGUGAGUGGCUCAGUCACCCCAUCGGGCCUAGCUCCCGGGCCUCCCUCAUCGCCACGAAGGACAUCAGGCACAAUUAAUCCUUUCAAAGGCGCGACUCUGGCUUCGUCUCCGCGAACUCUGGGUAUGGGCGCGUCUCCCUUGGGGGGCGGCUCACCACGAACGACUCCCGGGUUGGGUUUGGGAACAUCGCCGAGAGCGGGAAUUGCGGUAGCGAUUGGAGCGGGAACAGGAACCUCGCCUCUGAGCGCUGGCGCUGGCGCUGGGACCGGAAGUUCGCCCAGAGGCACUGAAAGCGAUGGGCGCAGAAGUAUGGAUAGUGGUGACGGAACACGAUUAAACGCCCAACCCCAACCGAUCAAACGUUAUUCGAGUUCGUUUGGUCAUCGCCCAGGAAGAAGCGAAAGUAGUCUGGGAAGCGCAGGAUUAGCCGGGGGCAAUGGUAGUGUCGGCGCGAUUGCGGUUGGAAGUCUCGGGGCUGGAAGUACGGGAGGCGCACCAGGGAGUGUGGAUGCUGGAAGCACUGGGAGUGGUGGCCAGGGAGGCGGAGCUGGGGCGGGUCCCCACUCGAGGUUGAGCACUAUCGGGAGUCAAUCCUAUCUCAGCCAUGCAGCUGAUGACGACGAUCUCGGGCAAUUCAUCAAGGAGAUCGAUACGCGCCCUCAACUAGGUUCAGAAGGGUCCCCACUCUCACCGACACUGCGAUCUCCACCGAGCAAUUCCCUCUUUCCUCGCCCGCUCAAGAGCAGUUCCCUCGGCGGACCGAGCGCUUUCCCUCGAUAUCUCAAACCGAACGCUUUCCUCCUUCCUCGCUGCCCACAACCUAUUCUGCCCUUCCACAUCUCUCGCCUCUUGGAAGAACUUAUGAACAAUCGCUGCAACCGUUCGGCUCGAGGCCGAAUGAAGGAAUCGCACAAAACCUGA